UGUGAAAGACGGUUAUGUAUAGUGUGUAUCACUUUCUGCAGAUUCAAAGGUGAGUCUGGACCAGAUCCUCAUUCAGUUGAGAGAAGUCACUCCUCACUGGAGGAGACUGGGAGAGGCAGUUGGUGUACAGAGGCUGGACGAAAUCUCUGAAUAUGUGGGUAGUGAGAGUGAGGCAAUGGUGGAAGUGGUGGAUGGAUGGCUGGCCAACCUCCACCCCAACAAGCCCACGUGGAGGGAGAUAGCUAAUGUGGUGGACAGCAUUGGUCACCAUGACCUGGCUCACUCCCUCAGACAGGUCUAUGUCUCAGGUUCACUGCCAAUUAAAGUGAGCAAUGACCUGCCAGAGUCUCUGAUGAUCAGAGAAUUAACUCCAACUCCUCCACUUCCCCCUCGUGGAGCUGAUGAUGAUGAACAACUUCCUCCACCGUUACCUGCAAGAACUUUUACAUAGUCUUACUUAGAUGCUGUGUGCAUAAUAUAUGCGAGUUUUUGACAUUCACCCUCUAUUAUCUGCGCCCAUGGGGCCAU